AAUGUCUGUGAUUAACAUUGUCUGGCAUAUAUAGGGAAAAACCUAAUGGCAUGGUGUGUUUUUUACCUCAUAAAUGCGUUGGUCUUUUUUUGACGACUCACGUUGCACAGUUUUGUCACCCCUCUGCCAUUUUUGUCUCUUGAACUUGUUUUUUUAUUGACACCUAUUCGCCGCUCCUAUUUCUUCUUUCUUGUUCCCUUCACAAUCAAACUAGAAAUACAGUGGCACGAUUCUCGGUGAACAUGCAUUGAGCAAUGAAUUUUAUUUUUCUGCAUUGAUAGAGAUUUUAUCAAGAAACAAACCGUGAGUAGAUUUAUCUCUUUAAUCACUUCCUCUUCUUCUCUCUUUCUUCCAUGCUACUCUAACCUCUAUACUCACUUUUCAUGGAACCCAAACGCGUUAUCGUCAUCGUCACCGUCUUCCUACUAUUCUCCAUCGGAUUUCUUGCUACUCUUACUGGAUUUUGGGGUGGGGCUCGCUCUGGAACGUUGGUGUCCUUUUCAUUCUUGUUUGGAUCAGAGGAAGGAACAAACUACACACUCCUUCAUACUCCUCAUCGUAAACUUCUCCCUCGUCCUGGUACUGAGAAGGUGGAGCCAAACCGAAUAUGGGGUGAGAAAUGCACGAAAUCAGACAUUGUGAUCAAUCAAGGCUCAACAGCACCACUCCCGAGUGGAAUACCAACAUACACAGUAGAAAUCAUGAACAUGUGUGUAAGUGGAUGUGACAUCUCUGCUAUACACCUUCGAUGUGGGUGGUUCAGCUCAGCACGUCUGAUCAAUCCAAAGCUCUUCAAACGCCUCCGUUACAAUGACUGCCUUGUCAAUGAUGGCAGACCAUUAGUCAAUGGUGGCACUGUUUCUUUUCAGUAUGCUAAUACCUAUCUCUAUCCUCUCUCAGUUUCCUCUGUGGUAUGCGUUUGAAGGAGAUACUAGUACUAGUACAACUAUUAGUCAUUCUUUUGGAUUUGUAUAUACACAUUAUAGAGGUGGUAUUUUGAUUUUGAUUUUGUUUUUGUUUGGUCAUCACUUUGAUGGGAUGACACAAGAGGAAUAUUAUGCUUACAAUAUUUUUUGAUAGAUAGGAAACAUGUGGGGACUCAUGAGAAGAGGAUAUAAAGUUUUCCUUUUUGCUUUA